AGUUUAAUCUCAGAAUUACUUAGUCAAAUCUCAGACAAAAAGCUAGGAUUCUACUACAAACUUCAGCAAUUAAUCUUGAACUCACAUAGUCCGACUUUGAUUGUUCCAUGGGUAAACCAAAACCAUGCUGAUCACUGUUGAACUCCAUCAACUAAAUCAUGCUGAUAAGAUACUCAACACUGCAGUCCAUAACAGACAAAACGUGGUCAACUCUUCACAUUGCUGGAUCCAAGGCAUGCCUCUUCUCUUAGGUCACUUCAGCCUACAAUUCCUAGUUUCCUACAAUUUGAUCUACGCACACUACAUACUGAUACCAGGAUCUUAGAUAUGUAUUCUCCUUGAACAACACAACGUGCAAUAGACCAGUUAUUUGUCUUUUUGAUGCUUAGAAUGGACCUAAACACAAGUAGCUCUGGGUUUUCUUAUUCUCUUAGGAUUGAUAGGUAGGCCGGCUGUAUUCCACAAAUCCCGUUCCUCAUCAAUAAGCAUGGUUUACGCAGCAAAACUCCAUCAUAUAUGCAACUGGGUCGAGCAUAAUUUCGUACUUUAAUAGUCUUAAUUACUUUUCUUAUGUUUUAUUUAUUCGGGCAUGGAUUUGGCUAAUCAUGUGGAACUUUUGUUUACUGCCAAUUCUGUACAGUCAAUGACAUGUGCAGUAUCAUAACAUAGUGUUUGAUAGUGAGUGAAUUCAGUUUAGAAGGGUUUAAGCUAAACUAGGCUCGAUUAUGGGUCUCAUUUUUUUUUAUCAUUUCAGUUAAUGAUGAUGACAUGUGUUAGUGAAAAAUGCUAAUUAGUCCCUGCAUGUAAUGAUGCCUCAUUUUUCCUUUGUUUUUUACUAGGAACAAUUUGUGUCCAUGCCACCUUGUUUAAUGGAAUAAUGCCUAGUACACAAAUCAAAUCAUAUAUAUUUUAGAUUUGUUAUUUCCCAUCUAUAUAUAUGUAUAUAUAUUCUUAUAGGGCUUCCAUUAUCUUCAUUCAGAAAAUUAAUGAUUUGAUUUAGCAAGACAUCUUGCUCUUAAUGCUUACUCCUUUUCUUUUAUGCAUAAUAAUCAUUAGUACAAUGCAUGAAAAAUCAUCAAUACAAAUAGAAAUCACUUUUCUUUGAAUUUUUAUUUGAUUCCACCAACUUUGGACUUCAUCAUAAGACAUCACUAGCACCUCAAAAUUUUUCCACACCACGAUGCCACUUUUCUAUCCUUAUAAUAAUUAUAAAAAUAAGCUGCAAAAUUUUCAAUUUCAAUAUGUUAAGCAAUAGGUAGAUGUGCUGUAGAUCACUAUGAAGGCUUUUUGUAUGUUCAUGAAUCCAUGUGGGUUCACUUGUUCUUAUGCCCCUUUACCUAAGAUAAAUCUAACUGCUAUGGUUCUAUUACUCGAGAAUCCAGACUCAUGAAUGCUCCAAGAGACAAAGGUAUAGUUUUGGUCCUUUAUGCCAUUCCUUGCAGUCCACAGAAUGGAAGUCCGGCGAAAUUUGUGGGAUUAGAGAUCAUGUGAGGAACAUUAAUAUGCUUUUUUGCAGUAACUUGUUGCUACAGCCACUUCACUAUAUAUAUUGAACCCCUCCAUGGCUGCAUGUCACACACCCAACUCCAAGCCUAGGCCUUCAGUGCAGUUUAUCAGAAGAUGGCCAUGGCUGUCAAGGGAGAAAACCUUGUGGUCACGAAGCUAAAGCUCGAGAGGAUGCUCAGCAUGAAAGGUGGCAAGGGGGAGACCAGCUAUCUGAAGAACUCACAAGCUCAAGCUCGCCAUGCACGAGCCAUGCUGCACUUCCUGGAAGCAACGCUGAGCGCGAUGAAGCUUCCCUUGCUGGAGGACGGCGGCACGUUUGCCGUCGCAGACCUGGGCUGCUCAUGCGGCACCAACACGCUCUUCCUCAUGGGCAUCAUCGUCAAGCACGUAUCGAAGAUGUACGUGCCCGAUACGGUGACUGACAAGCGAUCGCCGGCGUACAACAGGGGGCGGGUCUUCGUCCAUGGCGCGUCCGCGGACACUGCCGCUGCCUACAAGCAGCAGUUCCAGGCGGAUCUCGCCAGCUUCCUGCGCGCCCGCGCCGUCGAGAUGAAGGUUGGUGGCAUAAUGUUCCUCGUUUGCCUCGGCCGGACAUCCAUCGACCCGGUCGACCAAGGCGGCGCAGGUUUCCUCUUCGGCGCCCACUUCCAAGACGCUUGGAACGACCUCGUCGAAGAGGGUCUGCUGGACAGCGAGAAGCGUGACAGCUUCAACAUCCCCGUGUACGCUGCCUGCCUCAGGGAGUUCGAGGAGGUGGUGAAGGCCGAAGGCUCACUCUCCAUCAACAAGCUUCAGGUCGUCAACGGAGGCAGCCCACUGGUGGUCGACCACCCAGAGGACGCCAGCGAGGUCGGGCGAGCUCUGGCUAACAGCUGCCGGUCGGUGGCCGGCGUGCUCGUGGAAGCGCACAUCGGCGAACGUCUGAGCGAGGAGCUGUUCGGGAGGCUGGAGCUCCGGGCGGCACGCCAUGCGAGGGAGCUGAUGGCGCAGAUGCAGUUCUUCCACAUCGUCGCCUCGCUCUCUCCCUCGGUCCCACCUCAUCCCGCGAGCUAA